GCUUUGCACUUUAAAAUAUCUUCUCUUUCUGUCUAAAACCCUAAUACAAAGCAAGCAAAGCUCAUAUCUUUCGUUCACUUUCUCGUUCAUAGACUUCUCUGUCACUUGAAGUAGCUAAGGAGCCGCCUUUUGUAAACUAACCAUGCCUAAGUCUAAGCGUAACAGGCCAGUUACAUUAUCAAAAACAAAGAAGAAGGGGAGGGAGCAUAAAGAGUCUAUAGUGAAUUCCAUAAGGGAUGCUGUGGAGAAGUACAAUUCUAUAUAUGUGUUCAGUUUUGAAAACAUGAGGAAUCUCAAAUUCAAGGAGUUCAGAGAACAGCACAAGUUGACCAGCAGAUUCUUCCUUGGAUCAAACAAAGUAAUGCAGGUUUCUCUUGGUCGAUCUGCUGCUGAUGAAAUCAGGCCAGGUCUUCACAAAGUUUCUAAGCUUCUAUGUGGUGAUGCUGGACUUUUUCUUACCAACUUGCCAAGAGAAGAAGUUGAAAGGUUGUUUAAUGAAUACGAGGAAUACGACUUUGCAAGGACAGGAACCACUGCAACAGAAACAGUGGAACUCAAGGAAGGACCUCUCGAACAGUUUACUCAUGAGAUGGAACCCUUUUUGCGCAAGCAAGGAAUGCCUGUUCGGUUGAACAAGGGUGUGAUCGAACUUGUUUCAGACUUUGUUGUCAGUGAAGAGGGGAAGCCUCUGUCCCCUGAGUGUGCUCGCAUUCUGCGCUUGUUAGGAACCAAGACGGCCACCUUCAAGCUUCACUUAAUUUGCAGAUGGAGCCCUGAGGAUUUUGAGCUUUAUAGGGAAGGUCUAGAUGAUUCAGAUGUUGAAUCUGCCUAAAUCGAUGAAUCUUUGAGAGAAUACCUGUGUAAUACAAGUUAAUUGCAGUAGGUGUUGAAUUUUUGUGGUUCAAGGUGAUAGAGGAGCGCGAGCUGUCUUUUUGUGCCUUUUGGGAAAUCGAAGACGCAUGUUAUGUUAUUGUCGAGUUUUACCUUUGAGCUUAAUUUUAGCUCCAUUUCUUC